AUGGAUCUAUACAGUUAUAGCCGUACUUGUAAAGGGAUAUCGUCCUGUGUUCGUUUUGAGUUCGGAAGAAGUCAAGCCACACGGAUGCGGUGGGUGGCCGCAGUGUUCCUCAUCGAGGUUGUGACAGCCACAUGCCCACCACAAUGUUUUUGUAAAGGUAAUUCGAUAACAUGUAUCUCACUCAAUGAAACUAAUCUUGCCGCUCUCAAUGUUCAUCUGUCGUCAACGGAAUGGAGUGGUCUGAAAUCGUUGUCAAUUCAUGAGACCCCUUCAAUUUCGUUGGACCUCUUACAACCCCUUACACUUCUAGAAGAACUCGACUUGAGCAACAACAAUCUUAGUGAAGCCUCAUGGCUUGGCACACGGGCAGCGUUCCCGUCCAUUAGGAAGCUUGUGAUCGAGCAUAGCAGUCUUACGAGCAUAGAACGAGGAUUAUUAGCACCCUUUCCACAAAUAGAGGAGCUGCACUUGGGCCACAAUAAAAUCUCUUCAAUAGGAUAUGAUUCGCUUCGAAUGCCACGGAUCCGGAACAUUCGUUUGAAUGAUAACAGAAUUCAGGCCAUUGGAAUGCAUGCGUUCCGGUUUAUUCCACAACUGAACGAUGUCGAUUUGAGUGGCAACAGAAUUGAACGAUUUAUGGGAGUGCGACUUCGUACCGCAAAAUAUCCCGUGCCAAGCACUGGUCAUGUCCAAUCUAAAGAUGACUGGCAGCUGGAAGUGCUCGACCUCAGUUCGAACAACCUCACACAGCUUCCUGGAAUUGAGCUGCGUAGCAUGGAAGGAUUACGGACUCUACUGCUGGCUAACAAUCCUAUCACAGUGAUAGGCGAGGGACAAGCAAGUCUUGAUAGUCUUCAGUGGCUGGACCUGUCAUCAAGUGCAUUGAGAGUGGUAGAAGCUGGAGCAUUUUCUCGCCUUCCAAGGCUCCACUCAGUUUUCUUCGCCGACUGCAGGGAUCUUACAUUCAUUUCGCCGGCAGCUUUUGAGAACAUCAGCGUCUUCAGCCUCGAUAUUUCUGGAACUGGGUUAAAAUCUCUAUCACCAGCUCUUCUCUCCAAUAUUGCACGAGUUCGCAUCUCCGAUGUUCCAUUGGACUGUGGAUGCCUCGCAGAACAGUUGAGCUCCAUUACCACUACGACCAUAACGGACUGGGGUAAUUCCACAUGUGUCACUAGAGAAGGGGAAGUGUUGAGCAUCCCCAAUCUGUCGCCGACGAGUUUGGCCCGAAGUGAGCAAUGCCGACCAAGUGUGGUCUUGCCGUUCGGCCAUGAAGUUGUAGCAAGUGUUGGCCAAACGUUCAAAAUUUACUGCUCCGGGACGGAAGAGGAGGACAUCGUUAAAUGGAAAUCACCGGCCGGUACGACUGAAUAUGCGAUCAGGCCAGAAUUUUCAUCCGGUUUUGAACGUCUUGACUACUUUACGACGACGCUUUUCGAGCCGCUGAAACGCCAGCGGUUGCGGAAGAGGACGUUGGCCACAACAGAAUUCUUCAGAAUAGACGUCGUGUUGAACUCGGAUGCUGGCGAUUACGAAUGUACUAUUCAACGGGGAAAAUAUACGAUAACGAGGAAGAUUCGGCUAACUGUUCAGGUCCCUGAAAUAAAACUGAAAGUGACUCAUGUUGGAGUUUCGUCGGUUCACUUGGCAUGGAAUCGUAAUAUCGACGUUCAAGCUGUUGAUCGGGUGGCCUUACAAGUGAACUCGACAAGUGCCAGCGACUUCAAACGAGUUGUCCUGCUCUCUCUCCACAACAUAUACUGCAGCUACAACUUGAUCAAUUUGUUGCCAGACAGGGUGUACACAAUCUGUCUGCGUUGGUCUCUUACUGAUGAUGGGACUGACAUUCACAGCGUAUGUCUGUCGGAAAGGACCCAGAGAAGUCGAUCGAUAAUGGAAGAUCUGGGCGUUGAAGGUGUAGUAGUCAUUUGUGUCAUUCUGGUAUUACUGUCGGUGUUCUUCUGCGGUAGAUGGGCAUACAAUCGAUACUUCAUCUACUUACGAGCCCGACAACAAUCAAAAAUGAUCCAGUCGGUCUCGGGACAAUCAGUGCUGAGCCAACGAAGUAGUGAAGAUGCGAUAACGUUUGAGAAUCACCAACUUCAGAUGUGUUCUUCGUUUUGUGAUAGAGACAGUAUGGCUAAUGGCCCACUUCUGAUCAAUGUGACAUGA